AUGAUGGAGAGGAUAAGACAGGAGUUGAUUUUGAUGGAACGGGGGCAACACAGUCCCGCUGCAGGUAAAAGGCCCUCGAAUAUGUCAGAACCGGCCGGAAAUACUGUGUUGGAGGCCCUGGAAAAUUCACAGCACGGUGGUCACCUCAGCCCCAGAUUAACUCCUGGAAAUGUCGAGGAUGUCUCCGCCAAAGGCAAAUUCGAAACGGACGCCUUGUUCGGCCACCAUCACCGUGUCACCACCCACACCGCCGCUGUGGAGACUUUAUCUCCGGAAAACGGGAAGAAACCCGGCGUGUAUGCAGAAGUUUCGCAAGACUCGGACAUGAACAGUGACGUGGAGGUGGGAUGCACAGCAGAUAGCUCUCCUAGCAAAGAGAACAACCACAAAGGUUUUUCUGACAGCAAUUCUGGAAUUUCCCAAACAAACUCAUCAUCUUUAUCCAGCUUAGGCGUUCACUGUAACGCGAUAGGCAGUUCAGGCAGCUUAAACGCGGAUCAGGUGAGAAGGUACCGGACUGCUUUUACCAGGGAACAAAUAGGCAGACUAGAGAAAGAGUUUUACAGGGAAAACUACGUCUCCAGACCAAGAAGGUGUGAACUGGCUGCAUCUUUAAACUUACCUGAAACUACAAUAAAGGUAUGGUUCCAGAACAGGCGGAUGAAGGACAAGAGACAGCGCCUGGCGAUGUCUUGGCCUCACCCCGCCGAUCCGAGCUUUUACACAUACAUGAUGACGCACGCGGCCGCCACGGGAAGCCUGCCGUACCCCUUCCACUCCCACAUGCCUCUGCACUACUACCCACACGUGGGAGUGAGCGCCGCAGCCGCCAUCACGGGUGCUGCGGCCUCUCCUUUCGCUACCUCCAUCCGUCCUCUCGACCCUCUCCGCUCGCUCUCGCAUCCGUACUCGCGACCCGAGCUGCUCUGCAGCUUCCGGCACGCAGGCCUGUACCAGCCGCCAGCAGGCCUCAGCGGCUCGGCUGCGGCCGCAGUCAGCGCAUCCUCCGCGGCCGGUCCAUGCUCCUGUCUCAGCUGCCACGGCGGCCAAUCCGCCGGCGCCCUGAGCUCCAGGAGCGUCGGGACGGACUUCACCUGCACCGCCGCCGGGCAAAGGCCUGAAAGCGGAUUCCUGCCCUACUCGGCCGCCGUUCUGAGCAAAUCUGCGGUCAAUUCGUCAGAUCAGAGAGAGGAAACGUCGCUGACCAGAUAA